AAUUCACCAUGUGUAAAAUAAUCGAAUGAAACCAAAAAAAGAAGAACAAAACAAUGGAAUCGAGAAGAUGUAAAUAGAAUGUUCAAAAUUGAAUUAAGACAAUAAUGGAAGCAGUUAGAGAAAUAGAAACAAAAACCCGUCCCAGCGAUGAGGAGAAACGAAAAUAUCGUAUGAGAGCUGCGGCAUUUUUGGCAACCGUAUCUGGAAUGGCAGCUUUUGCUGGUUUUGGUCGGACAUUAACAAAUGCUCGAAAACAGGAUCAAAAACUGUAUGAACAAGCCACAGUUGAAACGGUAAAUCUAAUCGAAGCCGGUACAAAAUUGGCGACAAAAGCUCUUGCCUGGGGUACGUUUUAUGCUGUACUUGGCACAGGAACAUUUUUCUAUGGAGUUUGGAAAUUAUCGGGUGCUAAAAAUAUGGAUGAAUUUCGACAUAAAAUGGGCGGAAUAUUGCCAAAAAUUAGUAAAGAUUCUCAAUCGGGCCGUACAGAAUUCGAUGGACUCAAUGAUUUAAUGGAAUAUGUAUCGUCGCAUAAAAAACCUGAAUGAAUAACAUAAUUUAAAUGACUGAAGAGUAGGGAGCGAAAAAAAAGAAAAAAAAACUA